AGUAAACAGAGGGACGCACGCGGCGGACUCGUGACCUCGCCGGAAGUAGCGAGUGUGGCAGAGAGCCAAACAGGAAGUUACGAAACACCGGAGCGAUCUGCUGAAGCAUUUUGAGCCGCAGUGAUGAGCACUGGAGGGGGAUUGGUGACCAAUCGCGGACGACGUUUCAAAUGGGCCAUUGAGUUGAGUGGUCCAGGCAGUGGUGGUAGAGGCCGAAGUGACCGUGGUAGCAGCCAAGGAGACACCCUCUACCCCAUAGGCUAUUCAGAUAAGCAGGUUCCUGACACAAGUGUUCAGGAGACAGAUCGCAUCCUGGUUGAAAAGCGCUGCUGGGAUAUCGCCCUCGGUCCCUUGAAGCAAAUCCCUAUGAACUUAUUCAUCAUGUACAUGGCAGGGAAUACAAUCUCUAUCUUCCCCACCAUGAUGGUCUGUAUGAUGGCCUGGAGGCCCAUCCAAGCACUAAUGUCCAUCUCUGCCACCUUCAAGCUACUUGAAAGUUCAAGUCAGAAGUUUCUUCAGGGACUGGUAUAUUUAAUUGGCAACCUGUUAGGAUUGGCCUUGGCUGUUUACAAGUGCCAGUCAAUGGGGCUACUGCCAACUCAUGCUUCUGACUGGCUGGCUUUUAUUGAACCACCUGAGCGCAUGGAGUAUACAGGUGGGGGUCUAAUCUUAUGACCAGACCCAUUUCCAGGAACCGACUGCUGCUUUCGGUGUCUACCUUGCUAUUGUGAAAUGCUCUUCAUUGCUGCUGGCUCCCUCAUAACGCUGCUGGAUUUUAAGUGCAUGUUGCUACAUUGUGAAGCAGAGGAGGAGCAUUUACAGAACAGUAUCCAGAACGAGGAAGGACUGAUGUGCUUUGGGGGGGUUGAAGCAAAGGACUUGCCCUGGUAAAUUGCCCCUCUGUUAAAAGUAGAAUAAAAACGUUAACUUUUAAGUGUGUGUUUAUUGUUUCAUUGGAGUUCUACCAUCAGAGAAUCCAUUUUUCUAUAACAUGGACGUAAUUGUAGAAGUAGCACACAACGUUGCAAGUAGAAGACCCAGCUUACAUACUCGGCACCUGAUUUAAAAAUUAUGAAGAAACAGGCGAUCCAGGAAGGCAUCUGUAGCAGCGCCAAAGUCAAAGCUAACAGUUCCGGGCUAAAUGCACACACAGCCUGAUUGGAUGUAAGGCUAAUUCAUAUGUAAUGCUAACCCUCGACAAGAUUUUGAUCUUACUAUUCUAAAGCCUGAAAAGGGUAUGGGCAUGUGUCUGAUGAUUUCUUGUGGGAGAGAUGGAGUUUAAGUAUUUUAUAGCUCCUAAUUGUUUAUCCUCUGUGCAUGAAAACCAAUAGAAGGUAUGUCAAAAGCUUCAUGGAGAACAAACAUCAACCCAAAUAUUCAUGUAUAUAGUCUGAUUCUUAAGCCACCGAUAGGAAUUUACUGGGACAAAAGAUCAGCUUGGUCUACAAGUGCCUGUUCACAUUAAUCUCAGUCAUGUUUGUAUGAACUAGGGCACUGAAUUUAGGUUCUCUUAUCAAAAUGUUUAAAUACGUAAAGUGUAAGCAUAUAACGGUCCUUUUUAAUUUAACCGCUUUUUAUAAAUGAUACCAAGGCCGUCAAGUGAUUGAAUGUUACGCGAAUGCGUGAGCUCUGGAAGUGGAACCACUUAUGCACAACUACUAAAAUAAAAAUUGUAUAUAAAAUGUU